AUGAAUAUAUCAAUACUAUUGGUGUCAUUAUUUCUAUCACUCGCGUGUGCAGAUGAAAUUGAACCAAGUGGAGAAUUUCACGAGCACCUUCAUUUGAAACCUUUGUCCAGGAACAGGCUAUUAACAAAUUUUGAAUUUGAUGUUGAAUCAUCACCAUUUCAAAUUGAUUAUUACAACUCCUCCUCUCCUGUUGAAGUCUCCAGAAGAAGUCAUUACAACUACUUUCCAAACUCUUUAGGUUUGAUAAUAGAGUCUACGAAUACUAAAGAGUUGCAAUUGAGAUUCACACAAGGAUGGUGGGAUGCUAGUUCAUGGGGUCAGUUACCUUUUAAUGGUAAAUACAGUGGAGGUACAGGAGUAGAAGUGUCUGCUGUCAUUGAAGCACCUAAUGUCGAAGUUGCCAAACGUAACUGGCUAAAAUUAACGAAAACUUUAUCUGGGUUCUUCUGUGCAUCCUUGAACUUUAUUGACGAUCACAUCACGACAUAUCCAAAGCAUGCAGUCAAAGAAAUCAACCUUGCUGAAUAUGCACCAGAAAAGGGUAAUAAAUUGUAUUUGUUACGUGCUGCAUUACCCAGUGAACCAGUUUGUACAGAAAAUUUGACCCCAUUCUUGAAAUUAUUACCAACAAGAGGAAAGUCCGGGAUUAGCUCUUUAUUAGAUGGACAUAAAGUGUUUGACUCAUUGUGGCAUGGAAUGUCCAUUGAUGUCACCACCAAUUGUGAUACUAAUAAUCAAUGUACUUUAAAGUUGCAUCAAACUGUUAAUCAAGUUGUUGAUAUCAUAAGAUCACUUCGUAAACGGAAGGAAGGAGCAAUUCCCAAACCCACACCAGGCGACCAAUUAAGAUGUGAUACAGAGAAAACUUACAACUCUUGGCAAUGCUUUCCGUUAAGUGAUCCAGUGAAUCUUGAAUGGAAUUUAGAAACAAUUUAUGGAAGAGGUAUCAAUGGACCAGCAUUAGCUGAUGAUCCACAAGUGUCGAAAGUAACUAUAGAUAUCGACCCAUCAUCUUGGAAUAUUAUGUUGUUAAGAGAAAAGGAAAAUUCCAUUGAAGGAAGUUCAUUAACCAAUCAAGAAGAAACAAAUCAGAUAGUCCAAUAUUUGCAUGAAAAUGUCAAAUUUGAUUUUCAAUUCAUUGCUCAAAAUAGUUCUAUCGUUUUACCAAUUGAUACCCCACCGUUAUAUGCAUCUCGUUCUUUAACUGGCUACUCAUUGGAUAAAGGGGGGUUGCGUACCGUGUUUACCAAUAACAACGACGAGCCAGUUAAAUUUGUGUAUUUUGAAUCGACUCCUUGGUUCAUGAGAUUGUAUUUACACACAUUGAAAUUGACAUUGAAAAACUCAACUGGGUUAUUUGAUAUUUUUGACCAUGAACAAUAUAUCAAGGACGUUUAUUUCCGCCCUGCUGUUGACAGAGAGAGGCCAUCUCACAUGGAGUUGAUUAUGGAAGUACCCGCUAAACUGACAUUAGCUAUAUCGUAUGACUUUGACAAAUCAUUAUUGUUGUAUCGUGAGUACCCUCCAGAUGCAAAUCAUGGGUUUGACGUCGAGCCUGCAGUAAUAUCUGUUUUUGAUAAGGACAGUGAAAAAGUAUAUGAGUUCCGAACAACUAGUUUAUUGUUGACAUUACCUACACCGGAUUUCUCAAUGCCUUAUAAUGUUAUCAUAAUGACGUGUACAGUCUUAUCUAUGGUUUUUGGUACUAUAUUCAAUUUAUUAAUAAAGAAGGUUGUCACUGAGGAGGAAUUUGAAGAAAUAGCGGCCAACACAAAAUUGGCCAAAUUAAAGAGAGGCAUAAAAUCAACUAUUCAGCAACUCAAAGGUCAAAAACAAGCAAACAUACAAACACAAACUAAGCAAUAA